AUGGUGGCUAUAAGUGUUUUAUGGCACUACUAUGCGUUGGUCUUUUCAUUAAUCCGUUCGCACGAUUUCGGUGAUCGCUUGUGUGCAGAACUGCGGCAUGAGUACGUAAAAGUGUGUGCCUUAUCUGGUCAGCAUAAGAUCGACAAGAAAGAAGAUGAAUUUUGUCAAGCGUUUGAGAACAUAUGCUUCCGUAUUUCGAAAGAAGACCCCGAUCAGUCUACCGCACCUACAGUACCGACAGCUCUGAUAAGGGAACUGAAACCGAUCAAUGAUGCCUCAGACGAGGGCGAAGAAAGAACAACCACGAGACAGCCCGAAAGGAAAAAGAAGAAGCGAAUCGAUUUUACGAAGUUCUGCAAAGAGUUCAAGAAUCGAUAUCUAUUUGUGUGUCCCGAUCCGUUCCGAUUUGGUCAGAAGGUGAGCUGA